GAGAAGCGCGCAACGUGCACACUGGCAGGCUGAUUGAAAAAAUUCGUUGCAAAUGUUUAUGUACAAAUAUUGAAUAAAAAAUAAAAAUGCUGCGGCAGGAGAACUUGGCAGCCAACUUCUGCGGUCUCCUGGCCAGCCAGGGCUAUAAAGAGAAGGCAAACGAGUGGCGCAUUUUGGGCCAGGAACAGGAUGGAUCUCUGCUCACGUCCUGGAUAUUCGAGUACGCGGACGAGGAUCAGCGCAAGGAGACGUGCAUUGGCCACUUUCACGCCACCAAGAAGCAGCUGCGACUCCUUUGGACCCUCGACAAUUGCCGUGAGAUCGUCCAGGCAACGAUUAACAGCAGUGUCACAUUGCUGUCCUUCGUGGAGAAAACUGAGGGCAAGCUCUAUCAGGCCUUUGUCGUGGAGGUAAGGAGCUCCGAAGGUGGCACGGCCACGCCCCUCAACUCGGAGCCCUCCAACCGCCAGAUGAUGACGCAGUUCCUGUGGCGCGUCGAGAGUGCCACGCGCACCUGCUGGCAGGACAAGCUACUGGUGCUCACCCACGAGGAAUCCAUCAAGCAGUACAGCUGCGUGGUCAAGCAGAGCUCCACCACAUGCUCGACUGGCGGAGGCGAGGGCAGCGCCUGGAGGCUAGACACCAGCAUACUGACCUACGAAACGCUGGCCAGGAACUUUAGCUGGGCCCAGUGGGAUCCCGAGUGCCAGGCUCUUUAUUACAUUCACUUGAAGCCGAAGGCCAAGAGCCUCAGUCUGCUGGACGAGAGGGAGGAGGCUGGCGAGCAGACAACUCCUACUUUAAGCCCCACGCUCUCCGCCUUUCAGUUUAACGAAAAACAGCCAACGGAAACAGUGCUUAAUAUACCCCUCAAUUUGCCAAAGCUGCCCAAUGGCUCCAAAGAGGAAUCGCCAAGCUACGAUGACGAUGCGGUUCCCUUGCGCGUGCACGAUAGUUCGCUAAAUCUCAUCAUACUGGCGGACACCUCGGGCAUGUUUUUCGUCUGUCACUACUACCUGUACCAGCCGAUGCAGUCGGAGCAAAGGGAUGUGCACUUUGCCUACUCGGUGACUUUGCUUCACCACGGCUAUGUGGUGCACUGCGUCAUGCCCGGUGUGCCGUGGCAAAAGGCCCGUCUGCUGAGGCCAACAUUUGCGCUACACGGCCAGCAUCACUUGCUGGUGUCGUCCGCCUUUUUUGUCCACCUCUUGGACGUGGGACUGCAGCACGAACCGAACUGCCAUAUCGUGUGUGCAGCCCACAAUCGAAGUCCCGAUAUCACACAGCUGGUGCCUUUGCGAAAGUGGGGAGCUCUGGCUUAUGAUGCGGCCACCUUGGAUCUGGUCUCGUUGUCCGUGCCCAAAUCCCAUUUGAUAGAGGCUUUCCGCAAUGACAGUUCGCUGGACAAUAGAAUCAGCAUUAUCCACUACUUCCUUUUGCACUCGAACGAUAUGGAUGUGUUGGCCGAGCUGCUGAACAAUAUCUUGGAGCGACCACUCUCCCUGGAUACGGUGGCUUUGCUGAAGGAGGCUCUUGUGGCUGGCAGCUAUGCGGCUGCUGUUCGCGGACUACCAGAGGAUGCCAAGCCACUGAUGCGACUACUGCCAUUGACUACUGCCUUAGCCUCGCGACCAAUCCACGCAAAGGUGGCCGAUAUAAGCGUGGGUCUCUCUCAUGAAACCCUGCACAAUACCAGCAUGAUGCUGCUCUCGCCACAGCAGCGCCUUUCACCUUAUCGCACGGACAUCUGGACUCGCUUAUGGGACCUUCUCAACGAGUCAGCCAAGCAGGAGCAGCCUAGAUUCAGUGCUGAGCAGGUGACGGAGAAGUUGAUCUUUAGUUUGGCCUGCUACCAGCCGGAGGCUCUGUCCAGAUGCACCACGCCACUUUCGCCAGACACGGGCACCGGUGGAUUUGGUGACUAUAGUAGCGGAAGUGCUUUUCCAUUCAGCAACGAAGUGCUGCCCUUUAUCGAACUGGAGGGAUGCACAGCCAGCAAGCAGGAGCACGUCAUUUCUGUGUAUCUGCGCGAGCUGAGCGUUCACCUGGUGAAGCACACGUCAAAGCCCAACACUGGCUUCCGCUGGCUGAAGGAGACCUUUUUCGAGCGCUCCCAGGCUCCAGCUCAUGUGCAUGCGGUGGCCUCCCAGUUCGUUUCCGCGCAGCUUGAACUCUCGCGGGCUCUUUGCUCUCUGGUUUGUCGUGCUGCAGGCCUAGAUGCGCGCAUGGAGACCUCGAGGGGUUUUCAGUUGAUUGACCAAAUGGCUGCCAAUCAACAGCACUCUCUGUUUCUAAUCCUCGAGCGCUAUUGCCUGGCUGUGGAAUCGAUUGCGUUUCCCCUGCCCGAGGGUUUCUCCUCGUUCUUCACCUACUUGGGCUAUCGUGCGCUGGGCUAUGAUAUGUUUCUGCAGUAUGUGGAAAAUCAUGUGUUCGAACUGCAAGUGGAUGUGAUGAAGGCCAUUGUUUUCGAUAUUGAAGAUUCUCCACUGGGCAUUGAGCGGAAGCUAUCACUUUUGUCUGCUCUGCCCAAGCAGCGUGCUCAAAGGUUACUCAAAUGCUGGCAGCAUCCGGACAGCCUUAUGAUCCGCGGACGCGAGCAUGCGGCCAACAUUCUGUCGGGUCAGCAGCAGGAGGUGUUGCACCAGCAGCGACCCACGGCCUGCGUGAAUCAAUCGCGAAAUAAUGCGCGGAGCGCUUUGGGCAAGCCCAACACUGUUGUUUGUCACUCGCUGCUUUUGGUUUUUCUGCUUUUCAUUCUAACCACGGUCGUCCUGAGCAUAUCGAGCUAUGCGUUCAGGCAGCGCCCUCUCAUCUGGUAGAAAACAUUCCCAUCGCUGACCGAUCUAACUGCCGAAGCCCUUUCGCCACUGGACUCCUUUCUGGACCUGCUGACUGCGAAGGCCAGUCUAAACGAAUUGGACUACAAUCUGCUUAUUGAAACUACUCUAAGCUCCAUCGAUCAGCUGAAACUGGAGGCUUGAAUUUAAUGUUAAGAGUAACUAAUGAAGUAUUGUGUCAAAUUAUCAAGUACUUAGCCAAGGCCAGUUUGCAAAUAUUCCAAAGAUUUGAUUUGUCAAAUGUAUUAGUUAAGAUUCUUCUCGUGCAGCUUUGAUUUUUGUUAGGGUUCUUCUGUGUGCUUUUAGUAUUAAUUUUCUGUUCCUAUUAUUUGUGUAACGACUGAUACACAUUCCAAGUCUGUAAUUAUAAAUUAUUUAUGUUGUUAAUUGAUGUACCUAAAAUCAUGUACGUAUUUAUAUAUUCUGUACUUAUUUAUUUUAUGCUUCUGCAAGCUUCUGUCUCUCUUUCUGUAAUAAACUAACGAUUUAUAAAGUAU